UUGGCUGAAAAAAUAAUAAUAACAUCAAAUUAAAUGUCACAUGCUUCAACGCCUUGCUAAAUAAGGUGUGUUGAAUUGUUUAUUUUGAUCGGUUGUCAAACGUGCAACUUUAAUUCCCUUAUCCAAAUACAGAAUCCCCCCAGAAUGAUGCAACAUGUUGGUUAAAAAUAAUAAAAAAAAUAAAUGUGGUUCAUGAUCAUUUUUCUAAACACACAAAUAAUUGCUUUUCACAAUCCAACCAAAAGCUACAAAACAAUCUGUUUGAUACUGGGGAGUCCAGAGUUCCCUCUGCUGUCAAAAGAAGGAGAUGUCAUGAUCGGGGGAGCAUUUUCCAUUCACAGCAAAAUCACACAACCUCAGCUUUCCUUCAAACAGAAACCGGCACGUCUUACAUGUUCCAGUGUCAACCUCAGAGAGUUUCGAUUUGCCCAGACCAUGAUCUUUGCAAUAGAGGAAAUAAACAGAAGUGAAUUCCUUCUUCCAAAUGUUUCCAUCGGAUACCGUAUUUAUGACAACUGUGGUUCAACUUUGUCCUCAAUGCGUGCUGUGAUGGCCCUGAUGAACGGUGACAACUGGAGUGUAGGAAAGACCUGCUCUGGUCAAUCAGCUGUUCAUGCUAUUAUUGGAGAGUCAGAAUCCUCUUCUACCAUUGUGCUGUCACAUACUACUGGGCCAUUCAAAAUACCAGUGAUCAGUCACUCAGCUACUUGUGAGUGUUUGAGUGACAGGAAGGAGUAUCCUUCUUUCUUUCGAACCAUUGCCAGCGAUCUCUACCAAAGCCGAGCCCUUGCUCAGCUGGUAAAGCACUUUGGCUGGACUUGGGUUGGGGCAGUCAACAGUGACAGUGACUAUGGAAACAAUGGCAUGGCCAUCUUCCUUGCUGCGGCUCAGGAGGAAGGAGUAUGUGUGGAGUAUAUAGAGAAAUUUCACAGGGCAGAGCCAGAAAAACUCAUCAAAGUGGUAGAAGUGAUCAGAAAGAGCACUGCCCGGGUCAUUGUUGGUUUCCUUGCCCAUGUAGAGAUGAACAACCUUCUACAGCAGUUGAGCCUGCACAACAUCACAGGUCUGCAAUUUAUUGGUGUGGAGGCUUGGAUCACAGCUGACAGCCUUGUGACUCCAACUAGCUUCCGUGUCCUGGGAGGUGCACUGGGUUUUGCUGUGCAAAAGGCCAAUAUCAGUGGCCUGGAUGAUUUUUUAAUCAAAGAUUUCUGGGAGACAGAAUUUGAGUGCAACAAUACAAAUAGGGACACCAUGACAGAAACAUCACCUUGCAAAGAAAAUCAAGAUCUAACUGAGUUUAAAGAUUAUGAUGAUGACGUGGCAGAGCUGAGAUACUCCAGUAACAUCUACAAAGCCAUCUAUGCUGUGGCCCAUUCUUUUCACAUCAUUUUAAAGUGCUCCACAAACCAGGGGUGUGACAAGACUGUAAAAGUUACUCCCUGGCAGAUGGUGGAGUCUUUGAAACAGGUGAAUUUUACCAUUAAGAAUGGGGACCACGUGUGGUUUGACAGCAGAGGAGCAGCUGUGGCUCGAUAUGAGGUGGUGAACUGGCAGCGUGGAUCAAACGGCUCGGUCCAUUUCAAACCUGUUGGCUACUACGAUGCCUCCCUACCUCCCGGACAGAAGUUUGUCCUCAAAACUGAAGCUAUAAUGUGGCCUGAAGGAAAGACAGAGUUGCCAGUGUCAGUAUGCAGUGAGAGCUGUCGUCCAGGAACCCAUAAAGUCCUUCAGAAAGGAAAGCCAGUCUGCUGCUAUGACUGUGUAUCAUGUGCCGAGGGAGAAAUCAGCAACAGCACAGAUUCUAAUGACUGCAAAAAGUGUCCAGAAGAGUUCUGGUCCAAUCAAAACAGAGAUGCGUGUAUACUGAAAAAUGUAGAGUUCCUUUACUUCACUGAAGUUAUGGGCAUAAUACUUGUAUGUUUCACUUUGCUUGGUGUUCUCCUUACUUUAACUGUGGCGACUAUAUUUUUCAUCAAUAAGGACACUCCCUUGGUGAAGGCCAACAACUCUGAGCUGAGCUUCCUGCUGCUCUUCUCCUUGACUCUGUGUUUCCUGUGUUCUCUGACCUUCAUCGGUCGGCCCUCUGAGUGGUCCUGCAUGCUGCGACACACUGCAUUUGGCAUCACCUUUGUCCUCUGUAUCUCUUGUGUUCUUGGGAAAACAAUAGUGGUGUUGAUGGCCUUUAAAGCCAAACUUCCAGGCAGUAAUGUUAUGAAGUGGUUUGGGCCUGCACAGCAGAGACUCAGUGUUCUGGGUUUUACUCUCAUUCAGGUUGUAAUUUGCAUACUUUGGCUGAAAAUUAGUCCUCCCUUUCCCUUCAAAAAUACAAAACAUUAUAAAGAGAAGAUUAUACUUGAGUGUGCCCUGGGAUCACCAGUUGGGUUCUGGGCUGUGUUAGGAUACAUAGGACUCCUAGCUGUCCUGUGUUUUGUACUUGCUUUUUUGGCUCGAAAGCUCCCUGAUAAUUUCAAUGAAGCCAAAUUUAUCACCUUCAGCAUGCUGAUAUUCUGUGCAGUGUGGAUCACUUUUAUCCCAGCUUAUGUCGGCUCUCCUGGGAAGUUCACGGUGGCUGUGGAAAUAUUUGCAAUUUUAGCCUCUAGUUAUGGACUACUUUUCUGUAUAUUUGCACCAAAAUGCUGUAUCAUUGUACUCAAACCUGAACUGAACACAAAGAAACAUCUGAUGGGCAAAACACAAUGCGACUGAAUCUAUUUAUUAGGAAAGGAGAAGACAGAAUAUCUUUCACUUUUUCAUUUCACUAUAUGUUUCAACAUAAAUAAAAUUUAGGUCACAUUUUCUUUUAUAAUAUAAUCAAUUUAAU